UGUGUGUAAAUAAGUUCCAGUGGUGACACAACACGUACAGUGGCGUGCGAAUCGAAUAAAAAUGGAUAUUUAUAUAUCAAAUUUAUGAACAGUCAAAAAAGUCUAUGAUUUAUUACCUGACAUCAUCACGACAAUAGGUUCGAUGACAGAAUAACCUCAAUUUAUCAACGAAUAACAUCAAUCAUCAUCACGAUUUUUGGGGUCCUGGGGGUGCCUCCAGAGUGCAGCAGCUACUCCUGGAGAGAUAAACAAAAUAACAGCCAGGUGGUGGGUAGAAUUUGUAAUUUAUGAAAAGUCUUCGCCAGGGAGAAUUCCCCCAGUGAUGGGAAAAGAAUUGGUGUACCUAGUUUUCUGGCGUGUGCUGUCAGUUUUCAUCGUUCAGACCAGUGAUGUUCCUGACGAGUACUGGCAAUCCCUGGAAGUCGCUCACAAGCUCGCCUUUGGAUAUGGUCACCUCACGUGGGAAUGGCAUCACAACAUCAGGAGCUACAUUUAUCCCUUUUUUAUUUCGAUUUUGUACAGAAUUCUCGCGGCCCUUGGAAUGGAUUCUCCAGGUGCUCUGACCCAUGCACCGAGAGUACUGCAUGCACUGCUCAGCGCUUUCGCUGAUUAUAGAUUCUACUCCUGGACGAGAAGUACAUGGUCGACGUUUGUCCUGUCCUUGAACUGGUUCUGGUGCUACAACGCAACCCGCACCCUGACGAAUACCUUGGAAACAGCCCUCACGACGAUAGCCCUCACAAUAUUCCCCUGGGAUCGCAAUGUGAGCUCAAAAACCGGAGAAACUAAUUACCUCUGGAUCGUGGGUUUCACCUGUGCAAUCAGACCGACGAUGGCGAUCACCUGGAUGCCCCUGUGCACGUACCACAUCUUGACGACCUCAAGACAUCCCCUAAAAACUCUCCUCCAGUACGCAAUCGUCGCCCUGACCUCCUCUUCACGAUCCUCUGGACUAUCUCGGUGUAUUCGCUCCUGGAGCACAAGGAGUUCAGGUUUAUUCUUCCAAUUCUCCCAAUGGCCAUCUACAUCUGCACCUGCACGAAAAUUCCAAGGGCGUUGGAACCCUCGAGGAACGUGAAGAAGAUCCUAAUAGGCAUCUUCCUGGUGACCAAUCUGAUUCCAUUAUCGUAUUUCAGUUUUGUCCACCAGCGGGGGCCUCUCGACGUGAUGAGGGUCUUGAGGAUCGAAUUGGCGAGAUACCAGGGUGGGUAUCAGGAACUAGGGGUCGACGUGAUGUUCCUCACACCCUGUCAUGCUCUGCCUUUGUACAGCCAUCUGCAUAGGAACGUGACCACGAGGUUCCUGGGGUGUGAACCCAAUUUCGGAGGUGGCGAAGGCCUCGAUGAGACUGAGGAGUUUUUUCAGGAUCCUGGGGGGUGGGUACAGCGGGAAUUUGGGGGUGGGCGUGGAGGCCAGCUGCCGGCGUUUGUCGUUUUGUUUGAUAAUAUUGAGGAGAGGAUAGCAGGGUUCCUCAGGUCCUAUAGAAUUAUUGCUAAGAGGUUUCAUGCUCACAGUAGUCAAGGAAACUAUGGGAAUUAUAUUCUUGUUUAUAGGCAUUAUUUGGUGGGGAAUUGAUGGAGUUCUUAUUUUAUUGGAGAAUUCUGCGCGACCUAGGGAAGAUGAUUUUAAAGUCGUGAUCCGGGCGAAAUGGAAUGCAGGAUAAAAUGGAAUUCGGGUGAAAUAGGAUGAAUCAGGAGGUCCAAUGGGAGAUGAGGGGAAAUAAUCGAUUAUAAGAAUCCAUUAUUCAAUUUUUCAGGCUUUUCAGAAUUUUAUUACAUUUAACUGAUAAAAAAAACCCAUGUUUUAUAUCCAUAUAUAUAGGGGAUUCACAUUUUGCCCGGCUCUAUAUAGAAAUAUAUAAGAAUAAA